AUGACGCAUCCCCCGCAAACCACAGAUGCGAUGGUACCAACAGACAGCGACCGCAGCGCGCCGGGGUCGGCAGAGCUGCUUGACGAGCUCCUGCGCGAGGCGCACGCGCUGACCAGCACGGCCGAGGGGGACAGCGACGCCUCGACCGUCGAUGUGUCGCGCUUCCGAAAGCUCAUAGAGGUGCUGUUCAACGCGUGCGUCAUCAGCCCGGCGUCGCGCGACACCAACCAGGCCUCCCAAGUUGGCCUGGAACAGGCCCACCUCACCCUCUCCAUUCUCUCGCGCCAGGCCGAGUCCCACCCCGAGCUGCUGCUCACCUUCCCUCCAAAGGACGCAACACCCCAGCAGCCAUUCUACGCCUGGAUCAUCACGCGCAUCCUCAUCGCGGUCGCCCAGUACGAGGACGUCACGGGCGCCGCUGCCCUCGUCAACGACCUAUGUGACACGGCCGCGCGGAUCCUCAUCGUGCUUAGCCGCGACAUGUCGGAUGGGGACACUACAACGUACAUGCGCGGUCCGAGGCGUGUCUGGAGGGUGUUGAAAGAGCUGUGCGCGUACGCCAGAGAAUCUCUCGAGCAGAAACCAACAUCUUCCCUCCUUGGCUUCAGCGACUUGCCGACUUCUGCAGACCACCUCCCAGCCCUCUUCGCCCUUCAGUUUUCCCUCGCAUUUCCCUUCUCCAACGACAGUGUGCUCGAAGCCGCCUCCAUCCUGUCCAGCUUUGGCCACCAGGCAGCCCAACUCCCACCGUCAAGACAAGCUCGGUACCUCUCGGUCGUCACGGACGCCGUGCGAGUCGUGCGCGUAUCCCAGGUCCUGUCUAGAGCGUGCAUCGCCGUUGCAAAACUCGAAGAGAUGGACGAUGCCCAUUGGCAGGACGUGUUCACAGCUUGGCUGAAAGCUGUUGAGCAGCACGGUCAUCCCGCCCUUCGAAGGGACGUGUGGUGGGGCUUGCAUUCUCGAGUCGCAACCUUCAACCUCAACACCGUUCCUGGGCGCGAAACAAUAUCCUUCCUCCUCACGCCUAUCCCAUUUCAUGUGUCCUCCCAGGCCAUUGCAUCUCUGAUUUCAACCGAGAUCCUGGAGCGAUGGAAGGAUCAAACAAACUUCAGUGGCGGCGCGAGCAUUCGACAGAAGAUUGGAGAGGUGAUGCACCUCCCCCCAUCGACCUCGUUAAAGCGCAAACGCGAAGAGAACCCGGUCGAACUCCGAGUGAGGAACAUCCUAAGGACCAAGGCUCCCGAACUCGAUAUCGAGGGCAACGUCCUGGAGACAUUGCCCCAGGCCCUUGCCACUUUGGGCCCCGCCAUCUCGUUCAAGCUGCUCGAGACGACACCAGAUUUGGCUUGCGCCCUUGGGCAGUGUGCAACCACACAUAACCCACUACCGGCGGAUGUUGCCAAGACGUGGCUCAACGGCUGGGAGAAGGUCGGGGAUGAGCGAACCCUGCUGCGGGCCCUCGGUGUGCUCUUUCUUCACAUGGACCCGGCAACAGUCCCAGCACAGGUCUGGGCCAAGCUCAUGUGGAGCUCCUUCCGUGGAUCCAAGUCGCCUGACCGCAGGAUACGUCUAGCAGCUGGUCACCUCCUUUCCACAGCCUAUCGCUACCUUUCGCAUUCCAGCAACCCCGAAAGUAGGAAACGAGCCCGCACCAUCCUGGACAAGGUACCAGAGUUGUUCCAAGGCAAGCUCCAAGUCCAGGAGACCAUGACACAUCUGCUGGGUGACCUUGGGCGAGAUGCGCCUGAUCGCGAUCUCGGCGACAUUCUCGAACUCCUUCUCAAGCGAUUCGGCUCAAACAGCAGCCCUCUAAAGAGCCUGGCUUACACGCAACUAGUCGACAUCGCAAGUCAUAGGAAUAAACAGCCAUACAACUUGGUGUCGCCGUACCUCGAUCACAUCAGUGUCCUCUUGGCAGAGAGCCUCAUUCCUCAACCAGAGGUAGUGGCCCUGACCAUGUCGUUCCUUGGCCUCAGCCGCCAGGCCUUCUUCAAUCUCGCACGCAAAUCCGUCGUCCCCGCCCUGGUGGUCAAGAGGAAUCGUGCGGCCCUCGAGAUGCUGUCGAGUAUCUUCAACGACAAGCUCGGUCUCAUACUCAUUGCAGACGGAAGCGCCAUCCUCGCUAAAACCUUCCUUACCCCGAGCGCAACCCACCAGGCCAUGGACUUUCUGGGUACACUGCUCAACGACCUCAUCAGUGGUACCUCCAAUUCACCCGCCACCACAUUGGACAAAUUCAUCCGGGCAUCCAUCGUACCCCUGAUAGUGGCGGUUGUUAUCGAGCUGGGCGACCAGGACGACAAACGGCAGGCUGUGGCUACUCAGGCUCUUCACGCCAUUCAGCGAAUGGAGACGGCCAUCAACCUCGAAGCCGGUGACCUGGGCGCCUUCUUGAAGCCACAUAUGCUUGGUGUUCUGGCGGCCUUGACAGAACAGCUUGUGACUCCACGAACCCCGACAGACAAUCGCCGCAAGAUCAUUCGCAGUAUCGGCCAGUUGAUCUCUCUGGUCGGCGACUCGAUGUCCUCGUUCUCCCCUCAGAUCAUCGCAAGUCUUCAGAGCACUCUCGAAGUCGAGGAGCUUCGACUCCAAACCUUGAAUACCUGGGACACCUUUAUCAACAUGCUGCGCUUUACCGACGUCGGACCGUUCAUUGGGCCAACAAUUGCAGCUCUUGUAUCCAUGUGGUCUUCCUUCCAGCCGGAGGAGCGCAAGGCUGCGACUCGGAUCAUCUCCAGAAUCGCAGACGAUGCUUCGAAUCUGAAGGCCUUCCUUGACGACAUUGUUCGCUUUGACCACAUCCCGGAGCUGCGGAAGCUGUCGCGAACUCUUCUGGGCUAUAGGAAGGAUUGGUCGACGCGCGACUACCUGGAUAAAUUGGUGGAGCGAACCAACAACAAGAACGUUGCCAUUGCCACAAACUCGAUGCGAGAGCUCAGGGAUCUCCUGAGGGACAAGUAUUCAGACGUCGUGCAGCUUGCCCGUGGUGACACUUUCGACCCCAUUGUCGGCAAGGUUGUCCGUUCCCUCUUGGGGGCAGUGACCCGUGAUGCCGAACUCGACGAGCUUCAUGACCUGUCGUUCGAAUGCUUCGGCCUCCUCGGCGCCCUCGACCCGGACCGCUUUGUCGCCCUCCGUGACGAGACAUCCAUGCCCGUAAAGUCGAACUUUAGCGAUCAUGACGAGUCUGUCCAGUUCGCUCUGCGCCUUAUUUCGGACCUUCUUGUUGGUGCCUUCCGAUCGACAAACGACACCAAGCACCAGAGGCAGCUCUCUUAUGCGAUCCAGGAACUGUUGAAGUUCUGUGGAUUCGACAGGCGUAUCGUGAAUCUCAACUCGUCCGUGCCUCUUAAAGUCCGGGAACGGUGGGCGAGUCUGAGUAAGGAUGUCCUCGAAACCGUGACACCACUACUCGACGCACAGUUCCAGCAAAGUCAAGACAGGAACACACUGUCGACAUAUCCGAUCUAUCCGCAAAUGAAGACGUAUCGCGAGUGGGUUCAGGCCUGGACUGUCGAUCUUAUUGGACGUGUUUCUACAAACGGUCACAAUGGCGAUGCCCAAGCCAUUUUCAAGGUCUUCAACAGCGAGCCAAAGAACCAGGACGUUGCGGUGGCUCAUCAUCUACUGCCUCAUCUCGUCCUCCACGACCUCCUUGCCGGCGACUCCAAAGCUCCGGAACGAAUCAAGAAGGAGAUCUACGACGUCCUUCGUGAUCAAGUUGGAGCUGCGCCACCCAUCUCUGGGCGAGACGACGACGGUUCGGCUCGACAAGCUGCCGACAAGCGCAUGCUGGCGUCACAAGUCAUCUUUGACCUGCUUGAUCACUUGAGUAAAUGGCUUCGGCAAGCCCGCGCGGACCGCUCUAUGCGGUCCUCGCACCUGGAACCCGUUGAGCAGCUACUGUCGAGUAUCGAUACCGAGUUGGCGGCCAACGCCGCGCUCAAGUCUCGUGCGUACGCUCGCUCCCUCCGAAACUUCGAAGAGCGAGUGGUCUCCCUUCGCAACGUGGAAAAGCGAGAGAACAAGGAGCUCCAGACCUACUUCGAGAGUCUGCACGAGAUCUACGCGGAGCUGGACGAGCCUGACGGCAUGGAGGGCGUUUCGGCUUUUGUCGUCAGCCCCACUCUCGAACUCCAGAUUCGGGAGCACGAAAGUACCGGUCGUUGGACAGCAGCGCAGAGUUGCUGGGAAGUCCGACUCCAGCAGCAUCCCGAGGACAUCAAUUUACACCUUGGACUCCUCAAGUGUCUCAAGAACCUUGGACAUUACGACACUCUCCGCACUCACAUUCGCGGUGUGCUCAGUCGCAACCCUUCAUGGGAAGACCAGCUAUCUCCGUUCAUGGCCGAGGCGCCGUGGAAGCUGAGUCACUGGGAGGAUGUUCGCAAAAUCCAGAAUCCUCCUCCUAUUGCUGGGGUUUUCCUCGCCAUGAAGUUUGGCGGCGAUGUGGACGACGCUCUUACGAUAGCCCGUCGGCGCAUCGGAGCCGGUAUCACAACCCGCGAGUACUCCCGCGCGUACGAGGCCAUCCUGCAACUCCACAUGCUGCGUGAGGUGGAGCUGAUCCAUCAAACCGACCGAGCGGUGCAGGCUCAGCCCAAGGAUGUGAGCGCGGCCAAUGCCUCGGUCGUCAGGAAUCGCUACGCCAACGAUCUCAUCGACACAUUGGCGGAGCGAUUCCAAACAUCCUUACCUUCGUUCCGUGCUCGUGAGGAGAUUCUCAGCAAGCGACGAACAGCCUUCUCUCUAGUGUUAUCGCCACGUCUCAAGCCCGAGGUAGGACAAGCCUGGAUUCAAAGUGCCAGGAUCGCUCGCAAAGCAGGAUAUGCCCAGACGGCGUACAGCGCCGCGCUUCAGGCCGACGACUCUGAGGCACCAUUCGCUUUCAUCCAGCAGGCCAAACUCGUUCACGAGAAUGGUAACAUUGUCAAGGCCCUUCGUGAGCUCGAGUACCCAGUGUCGAACAUGAUCAAGCUAUCGGAAAUCGACAGUGGUGUGGUGGACCUCACAAGCAGUGGCAGUGGCGACGGUCGCAAGACAGAGGAGGACUUCCGACGAGACCGAAGCCUGGCGAAGGCCGCGUUGUUGGAGGCACGCUGGGCCAACGAGGCGGACCGCUUCGAUGACAAUGUGGUCAUCCGCCGGUUCAAGAAGGCCAUUGAGCUGGGAAUGACCCUUGAAUCUCCUCGCUACCACCUCGGUCACUACUACGACACUCUUGCUGAGAGUUUGAGAGUUACUAUUGAAGCUGGUGGCCAGUCUGUCGGUCGCCUACAUGACAGCAUGGCGACGUACAAUUACCACACGUGUCUCCACUACUUUGAGGCACUACAAUGUGGCGUCAAGUACAUCUACCAGACCAUGCCGAGGCUCCUCACCAUUUGGCUUGACUUGGGAGUCAAAGAGAGGGAGUUGAAGAGGCCAGGCGUAUCCGAGUACUUGACCAAGAUCAACAAUCUCAUGGAGAAGGCCCGCUUCGAUGUGCAAACCUACCAGUUCCUCACGUCCUUCCCGCAACUAAUUUCGCGCAUCACACACCCCAACGAGACAGUGCAGGAGACGCUGGUAAAGGUUGUGUACCGAGUCAUUAGAGACUACCCGGCGCAAUCUCUGUGGACGACUAUUGGAGCCAUGCAGUCCAACCAGAAGGAACGCCGAAGCAUCACUGAGAAGGUGCUCAAGAGGGCGGUGCAGGAUGGACGGCGCUCGGAGCUGCAAACGAGUGUCAACGAUGCCCGUAAGCUGUCGAGCAUCCUGCUCAAGCUUGCCGAGGACAAGCCCGAAUCGACCAAGGUUCGAGAAGCCCUCAUUUCGAAGAAGUACACCUACGUCAAGGCUGCGUUCCCUUCGAUGAUGAUUCUACCUCUGCAGGAAGCUCUGACUGCCGCGUUACCCCAACCUGGCUCACCUCUCAAGACACAUCGGCCAUACCCUGUUCAGCCUGUCACCAUCGUUGAUAUCCACGACAAGGUCGAGAUUAUGCCAUCGCUUCAGCAGCCCAAGAAACUGAUCUUCAUUGGAUCGGAUGGCAAGCGCUACCCAUUCUUGUGCAAGCCCCACGAUGACCUUCGAAAGGACGCCCGUCUGAUGGACUUCAACUCGAUGAUCAACAAGUUCCUGAAGUCGGCAUCAGAGUCGCGUCGCCGCCACCUCUAUAUCCGAACAUAUGCGGUCAUGCCUCUGAACGAGACGUGCGGCCUGAUCGAAUGGGUCAGCAACACAAACGCGCUCAAGAGCAUUCUUGAACAGGGAUACGCGCGACACAAGAAGCGUGUUUACACUGGCGAGAUCUAUAACGCCCUCGACCAGGCUCGCAAGCAUGAGAAGUUCAUGCAGGAGCUACCGAAAGCAUUCAAGGACAAGGUUCUGCCCCAAUACCAGCCGACAGUGUUCCACGAAUGGUUCCUAUUAAACUGGCCCGAACCAACGGCGUGGCUUACAAGCCGCACCAACUAUGCCCGCACCCUCGCGGUCAUGUCGAUGAUCGGCUACGUCCUCGGCCUUGGCGAUCGGCACGGCGAGAACAUUUUGUUUGACGGUCUGACGGGUGACACACUGCAUGUCGACCUCAACUGUUUGUUCGACAAGGCCAAGACGUUUGAGGUGCCGGAACGAGUACCAUUCCGGUUGACGCACAACAUGGUGGACGCCCUGGGUGUCACUGGAGUGGAGGGAGUCUUCCGCAAGGCAGCAGAAAUCACCAUGGACAUUCUGCGGUCCAACCAUGGUUCGCUGAUGAGUGUGCUCGAGGCAUUCGUCCACGACCCGCUCGUCGAGUGGACCAAGUCUUCGCGAUCCAAGGAGAGAGACAUCCAAAAGCAGGCCGACAAGAACCUCAACCCCAUCAAGAAGAAGCUGCGCGGCGUGUCCCUCGGGGAUACCGAGAUGACAGUGCCGAACCAGGUCGAGUAUUUAAUCAAGGAGUCGACCAGCAUUGUGAACCUGGCGCUCAUGUACGUUGGGUGGGCGGCGUGGCUGUAG